AUGUUUGGCUGGGGUUCUGGGCUGGCCUUGCCCUCUGCCACCUCGGAGCCGGAGAAAGAAAGACGUCCCCCCGCCGACCCAACACCCCUCGAUUUCCCCGCCUACACCCUGCCCAAUGUCGUUCCUAAUGAAGCGGACUCGAAACUCAAGGAUAUUUCAGAUCUCCUGGCUGAUAUCAAACGCCCCCAAGAUAUCUGUUUGGACCGAUUCAAGGCGUUGAAUCUUCAAUUAGAAUCCGACGUUGAUGUAUGCCACAUGUUUCCCGACCAGACACUCGCCCUUGCUCCUUUGCCAUGGGAAGCCACAUCCGAGCCAACAGAGGAUGAGGCCCGUCCGCUGAUGGGCAACGGAGUUCCCUACCCCGCCAAGGAUCGAUAUGAGGUACUCAAAAGCGAGUUGACCUUGGACAACGACGACAGUUUCCGUGAGGUGGCACGUUUGCCGCCGCGUGAGGGCCGGAGUCGGGUUCGCGUGACACAGUCCAGGAAGUUCUGGACAGGAUUAGAGCAUGUGGCUCAAUACUGGGACACCAGCUUGGACCACUACUUUGAGCGUCCAGCAACUCCCGAACCGACGCCUCCCAAUGAGAUGGAGUUGGAAGAAGAUGCCCAAAUGCACCUGGAAGAGCAAAUGGAACGGGCAGCAGCCACGGGAAUCAUUCCCACGGAGGAUGAAAUGGAAGUGGACAGGAUACAGACCUCUGAAACCUCGACCACUACAGCCGCAACCCCCCUUGACGAGCACAUGCCUUAUGUGGCCAUGUAUACGGGUCGCAGAAUCGGCACGGGGCACGAUAUGCCCGACGAAGUACGUGACGAGACAAUUCGAGCCUUUGUCGAGAUGGUCGCGUGGCCAUUCGGCUGUCAAGUCACAGUACCAACACUUCCCCCACGAUUGAUGACCAAGAACCUCCUCUUCCCCGUGCGGCAGUCCUUCCAGGCAUCACGAUCACCACGAGACCGCCAGAUUGCACGAAGCGGCAUGCUCGAAGGCCCUGUAUUGAUCGCGCAAUGCCGACCUGAAACCACAUUCCGCACCAACGCGGAUACCGAAGGCCACGGAAUUGGCGAAGUCAGUGAUAUCUUCCGCGAAGUCGGAGGUAUGCUCCUCGCAGCCCAAGAGCGAGCUCGCGAGGGCGAAAUUGAACAGCGACCCGGAGAGGGCAAGUGGUGGACGAUGGCGCCCCGCUUUGGAGGCGCCCCCCACGAUGGGAUCCUGGAUGAUCUCGUCAAUAUGGGACACGGGAUGUCCCUGCCAGACUCUAUGAUGGAAGAAGCCAGGCCUUCCGCCCCGGCGGCGGACAUUGCGCGCAAGCGACACCAGUUCGAGCAUCCAUUCGUCACAUCGCUGUCGCGGAGGCCGAGUGCCAUGCGCCGACUGACGAGCAGUGAGAAGUGGAAGAUUAUUCAGCCUGGGCCGAGUCUCUGGGAUAAGAGAAUGAGUUAUAUGCAGAUCGGUAAGGCCCGGGAAAGUCCAUUUGACGAUAUUUACAUGAUCUCCUCAAUCAACCACCACGUUUCAAUUCUCCAUCUCCGCGUUCACAAACGCUACUUGGACAUUCUCACCAACGGCGAGAGCACAUUCCCACCAAACUCCGACACAGAGCAGCCAUGGCAUGUUCUGAAAUUGCAGCGAACUAAAUGGUUCGACCUCUUCGACAAGGAUGAUCGUUUAGAAGCCCUCAAGGGCGUGUGGCAGCUGUUCCACUACCAGCUGCGCGACACAAUGCCUGUCUCUUCGUAG